AUGCAUCUUUCCAAACUAUUCACUCUUUCAACAUCAUUAUUCUAUGUGGUUGCGGCGUCCAUAGAUAAUGACGUAUCGAUUCUAGCUAAGGAGGCUGCGCGAGCCAACAAUCAAUCGCUAUUAUGGGGUCCUUAUAAGCCUAACCUCUACUUUGGGGUUGCCCCUCGGAUUCCAAACAGUCUGUCCGCAGGGUUGAUGUGGGCGAAAGUAGAUGAUUACGCCACGGCUCAGUCUAACUUCAGACACACCUGCGAACAGAAUGAAGGCAUGGCGGGUUAUGGAUGGGACGAAUACGAUAUUCGGAAGGGCGGGCGCCAAACAAUCCACGACGCUGGGAACUCCCUGGAUCUGACAAUUGAUUUUAUCAAGGUCCACGGUGGACAGCAUGGAGGCAGCUGGGCUGCCCGAGUAAAAGGUGUCCCUCGGGAUGAUGCACUCCCGGAUCAGCCUACAACAGUCGUCUUCUACAGUGCUCUGGAGGGGCUUGGUAACCUGGGCCUUCACACCCAGUCUGACGACUCGCGUGGUUUUGAGGGAGACGUGAAGCUGGCUGGUUAUACCUCUGAUCUUGGGGACUUCACAAUUGAUGUGACUGAGGGCCCUAGCACCAACGAGUACCCGGAACAUGAACAUCCAAGCUACGAAGACAAACCACUGGACCGUACCUUGGUGUCCAGUUUGACAAUACCCCCGGAGCACACCUGGCAGACGAAAGUGAUUCUGUUUUCGCAGAUGAAGGAGGGUGUAAGCGAAACCAUCGAAAAGUAUGGAGCGGAAAACCCUCCUCCCCCAUCGCAAGUCUUCACCAUCAAGAAUACGCCAGGUGAUGGUAAUGUUCAGCUUGUGCAGAAGGUUUUCAAAGGUGCCUUUGAGUUGAAGCUAAUCAUAUACUUUACAGCCGACCUUCUUACCCAAGAAAUUACAAGUGCUUCGAUAGCUUUUGCUGAGCGCUUCGACAAGAUACUUCCCCCGCAGUCACCCUUUAUUUCCGACAAAUAUACCGAAUUCUCCAAAUCAAUGCUUUCCAAUCUCGUUGGUGGCAUAGGCUACUUCCACGGUACUGACAUUGUUGACCGUUCCGCGGCGCCCGAGUACGAUGAGGAGAAUGAAGGUUUCUGGGAAGAAACGGCGGAAGCAAGGGCUCGGGCUCAACCUGUCCUUGAAGGUCCAAAGGAUCUCUUUACUUGUGUUCCCUCUCGACCUUUCUUCCCCAGAGGCUUUCUCUGGGAUGAGGGUUUUCACCUGAUUCCGGUCGUCGAAUGGGAUACAGAUCUUGCGCUUGAAAUCGUAAAGAGUUGGUUAAGCUUAAUGGACGAGGAUGGGUGGAUUGCUCGGGAGCAAAUCCUGGGCGCUGAGGCGCGCAGCAAAGUUCCACCCGAGUUUACCGUCCAGUACCCUCACUACGCUAACCCUCCAACCCUUUUCAUUGUUCUGGAAGCGUUCCUCGAUAAAUUAGAUGCCAACAAGAAUGUCUCUGUCCAACAAUCUCCUGGAGAUAUCGCAGAGCGUCUCCGUUCUGCCUUUGUGCAACAGCCGGAGUUGGGUGAAGCUUAUAUCCGUUCAAUUUACCCGCUCCUGAAGAGACAUUAUUUCUGGUAUAGAAACACUCAGCGGGGUGACAUUAAGUCCUACGACCGAGAGGCCUUUUCCACCAAGGAGGCGUACCGCUGGCGGGGCCGGUCUGUCCAGCACGUCCUAACAUCUGGGUUGGACGAUUAUCCUCGAGCACAGCCCCCACACCCCGGUGAGCUACACGUGGAUUUGAUCAGUUGGAUGGGGAUGAUGACUCGCUCUCUCCGACGAAUUGCUGAAAGACUGGGGGAGACUGAAGACGCUGAAGAGUUCAGAUACUAUGAAACUGCCAUUGAACGGAAUGUCGACGACCUCCACUGGAACGAACAGGCGCAAACAUACUGUGAUGCGACUAUUGACGAGUAUGAGGAAAGCGUUCAUGUCUGUCACAAGGGAUACAUCUCCAUAUUCCCCUUCCUCACUGGCAUGGUGAGCUCGGGUAGCCCUCGGCUAAAAGCCAUCCUGGACUUGAUCAGCGACCCAGAAGAGCUCUGGAGCGAUUUUGGCAUUCGCAGUUUAAGUAAGAAGGAUGAGUCCUAUGGGACUGCUGAGAAUUAUUGGAGGAGCCCUGUGUGGAUCAACAUCAAUUAUCUGGUGUUUAAGAACCUUUAUGACAUCGCGAUCACUCCUGGUCCACAUCAAGAACAGGCCCGUGAAAUGUACUCCAAGCUGCGGAAGAACGUAGUUGAGAAUGUUUUCAAGGAAUGGAAGACGACCGGGUUUGCUUGGGAACAGUAUAACCCAGAAACAGGCAAGGGACAGCGGACGCAGCAUUUCACUGGGUGGACUAGUAUGGUGGUGAAAAUGAUGUCGAUGCCCGAUCUUCCUGCGACUGAGAGCAAGGGGCAUGAUGAGCUAUAG